AUGGAAGCGACCAUGUCGACCCAAGAGCGGCAGCUCUGCCAUUUCUUGAUGGACCUGCCCUCUAGAUACAAGUUCCGCUACACCGACGCUGUCACGCGGGACCUGGUAAUCAGCCUCUUCUGGUCCCUCGCUGGCGGCAAUCCCGACUACAUGCGCCUCCUAUUCCCCGAUGGCAUCCCUCAGAACACGGCUAGCGCCUCCAACGCCGGCAAUCCUUCCAACGCCGGCAGCCCUCCUAAACCCGAUAUCCCAAAGCUCAAGGUCGCCCAGGGCGCUGUCGAGGGCGCCGAGUACACCGAAGCCGCGCGCGGCAAGGCCUGCGGCCACAUCUUCAAGUCGGGUGAGGCCUCGUACGCAUGCAGGACGUGCAGCUCCGACGACACGUGCUGUCUGUGCAGCAGGUGCUUCGACGCCACAGACCAUACCGGCCAUAUGGUUCGGAUCAGCGUCUCUCCCGGCAACAGCGGCUGUUGCGACUGCGGGGACGCCGAGGCCUGGAGGAAGCCCAUGUUCUGCACCAUACACUCGACGUGGGAGCGGGAGCCCAAGGGCAAGGAGAAAGCCGCCGCCGCCCUUCCCGACGACCUGGUCGCCAGCAUCCGCAUGACCAUCAGCCGUGUCUUCGACUAUAUGUGCGACGUCAUAUCGUGCUCCCCCGAGCAGCUGCGCCAGGGCAAGUUAGAAGCUUCGAUAAAGCAGGACGAGCGCCUGUCGAGGUUAUCGUCGACAUAUGACGGCGGCGACACUGACCCCCCACCUGACUAUGCCGUGAUUCUCUGGAACGACGAAAAGCACACAGUUGUCGACGUGAGGGACCAGGUCGCCCGCGCCUGCAGCACUACGCUGAGCAACGGCCUGUCUAAGGCCUAUGAAACCGACGCCAUCGGCAGGAGCAUCUUGAUGUACCAUUCUAGCAUCGAGAAGCUCCUCGAGGUGGCCGAAGUCCUCGAGAGGAUCAGGGUCACAGUCACAAUCCGCUCCUCCCGAGACACCUUCAGGGAGCAGAUGUGUGGCACCAUGAUCGAGUGGCUCAGCGACAUCUCGGGGUGUAGCGUUGGCCAGGACCAUCAGAUAUUGCGGACCAUAGUGUGCGAGGAGAUGCUCAAGCCGUGGCGCAAAGGCAGCCCUGCUACACAUGCCAUGGUCGGCAAGGAUGGCAUCGAUGACGAGGAUCUCAUUGACCGCGAAGAGCGGGAGACCAACAGCUUCUUUGAGCAGCAGAACAGGCUUCUACGUCAAGCGCGUCAGGCCGCUCUCCGGGAAGCUCGAUUCGACGGCAGCGACGACGACGACGAUGACGACGGGGAUGAGAGAGGGGGCGAUGACGAUGACGAUGACGACCACAACACCCCCUCCAGCGGAGAGAUGGACGAGGACGGGGAAGACGACGAUGAUGUCAUGAUGAUCGAUGCGAGACCCGAUCCUUCUGGCGAUGUCCCUAUGGAGGACUGGCGCCAGGAGCAAGGGGCCGUGGGUGUUGAUGAGCCUAUCAUUGCAUUUUUGCCGCCGCCGCCUCCGCCGCCGCCGCCUCCGGCUCCACGCCGGAACCCUAUGCGAGAACGAGAGCUCACGCCGUCGGAUUCGGAUACAGCCGAGCCCCUGAUCGCACCGACCGUCUACGGGAAGACUGGUCUGGACGUUCCCAAGACUCCGGGCCAGGCCAAGGGGGAUAAGGCUUCACCCCCUAAUCCCGGCCGCUACUGGCUAGGUACGCCUGCUGGAUAUACGGAACAGGAUAGCAUUCCGCCCGCUGAGGAUCUCUUCGAGCGGGUCCGUCUCGACUGGAUGAUCCUAUUUGACCUGCGCAUGUGGAAAAAGGUCCGAAAUGAUCUACGCUCGCUCUACAUCUCGACCGUGGUCACCAUCCCCGAGUUCAAGCGCGUGCUUGGCCUGCGAUUUGCCGGCCUCUACACGACGCUCGCCCAACUCUACUUGAUUGGUGAUCGGGAGCCCGACCACUCCAUCAUCAACAUCUCGUUGCAGAUGCUCACGACACCGUCCAUCACGGCUGAGAUUGUUGAGCGCGGCAACUUUCUUACGAGCCUCAUGGCCAUUCUAUACACGUUCUUGACGACUCGUCAAGUCGGGCAUCCGUGGGAUGUCGCAUCCAACGCCGUGCUCGCCUUUGAUUCGGGGUCGGUAACGAACCGGAGAAUGUACCAUUUCUUUCUAGACCUAAAGUAUCUCUUUGGUUCCCCCCACGUCCAGGAGCGCCUCAGGACUGAAGAUCGGUACAUGAUGCAGUUCCUGGACCUUGUCAAGCUGCAUCAGGGUAUCUGCCCAAACGUGCGCGCGGUGGGCGAGCACGUCGAGUAUGAAACCGACAGCUGGAUCAACGCGUCUCUGGUGACGCGGGAGAUCAACAGGCUCUGCAGGCAGUUUUCGGAGUCAUUCCGCAAUGUAAAGGAACAGGACUCGCUCUGCGUGUCCAGGGCCAUACGCCUAGCGGCCAAGAGCGUCAUCAUCAAUUCGAUAGGUGCCGAGCGCGGCCGGUUCAACCAGUCCGAAAUUAAGGACGAGGUUCGGUUCAAGAUGCUGGAUGACUUUGAGUUUGACACAUCGGGUCGAAAGCUCGAGGUUGUCAAGUUUGUAGUAGAGGAGCAACCCAUCAGCUUCCACCACGCCCUUCACUACACGCUGUCGUGGCUGAUCGAGUGCGGCAAGGCCAUGUCGAUCCAGCAGCUUCGUGCCCUACUCACCUUUUCGACGCAGGAGCUCGUGAUGAAGCCUCGCGCCAUGGGUCGCCUCACGAUGCCGCGGCGCGAGUACAAUGACCAAGACUUCCUCAUGGCUGCCUUUGACUACCCGCUUCGCGUCUGUGCAUGGCUUGCUCAGAUGAAGGCGGGUAUGUGGGUCAGAAAUGGCAUGAGCCUUCGUCAUCAAGCCGGAACAUAUCGCGGCGUCAUGCAGCGUGACGUCCAGCACUUGCGCGAUAUUUUCCUCCUGCAGACGGCGCUCGUGGUAUGCGACCCCAGCCGCGUGCUCGCUUCCAUUAUCGACCGCUUCGGGAUGGAGAAGUGGGCCAAGGGUAUCUUUGAGCAAAAGUCUAAGGCGCAGGAUGAUAUCCAGCACCUGGACGUGGUCGAAGACAUGAUACACCUGCUCAUUAUCCUCUUGAGCGACCGGACGUCCCUCAUCCCCAACGAGGAUGAGGCUAGCCCACACAUCCCAUACAUGCGCCGCGACAUCACCCAUGUCCUCUGCUUCAAACCUCUGUCAUUUUCCGACAUCUCGGGCAAGCUCCCGGAUAGAUUUCAAGAGCAGGAGGACUUCCACAGCAUCUUGGAUGAGAUGACGACGUUUAAGCCGCCAGAGAGUCUGACCGAUGUCGGCACCUUUGAGCUCAAGCCGCAGUACAUCGAGGACGUUGACCCCUAUAUCGCGCACUACAGCAAGAACCAGCGGGAGGAGUCCGAGACUGCGUGGCGCAAGUGGAUGGCCAAAAAGACGGGCAAGCCCAUUGAAGAUAUCGUCUAUGAACCCAAACUGCGGCCCAUCACCUCGGGCGCCUUCGCUGGCCUCGCCGAGUUCACUAGCACCGGCGUGUUUGCGCAGCUCAUCUUUUACUCGCUGCUCUACCCCCUCGUGUGUCCAAAGCUGACACCCCAAGUUCCGUCCACCAGAGUAGAGACAUUUUUGCAGGUGGUCCUGCACUUGAUCCUGCUCGCCAUUUCCGAGGAUACCUCGGAUGAGGAUACUCCGCAGCAGUCCUCGUUCAUCGCCACUGCCCUCUCUCAACAAGCGCGCAGCAACUUUAUGCCCGAGGCCCCCAUGGCCAAGACAAUCGUGGCUCUGCUGAGCCUGAUGUCCUCCAAGGACGAAUUCAAGGCGUCUCACCCCAAGAUUGCCCUGAUUCUCAAGAGGAUGCGGCAGAAGCGCCCGAGGACAUUCGAGUUUGCCUUCCAGCAUUUAGGCCUCUCGGUAGACCGCGUCAACACAGCCUCGCCGGCCGGCAACAGCGCCGAGGAGGAGCGGGAGCGGAAGAAGCGGGCCGCACUGGACCGUCAGGCCAAGGUGAUGGCGCAGUUUCAGGCGCAGCAGAAGAGCUUCAUGGAAAACCAAGGCGAUAUCAACUGGGGGGACGUCGACGACCUCGAUGACGACGUGGACGUCCCGCUGGUGGAAGAACACAGGAACUUCUGGAAAUACCCAACGGGGACUUGCAUAUUGUGCCAGGAAGAUACCGACGACCGCCGGCUGCAUGGCACGUUUGCUUUUUUUGCCGAGAGCAACAUUCUCCGGCAGACAGACUUCCAGGACCCUGAUUUUGUCAGGGAGGCCUUCAACACGCCCGAAAACCUCGACCGGUCGGCCGAGGAAAUCCGGCCGUUUGGCGUUGCGCACGAAAAUCGGCAGAUAGUGCACAAGGUGAAUCUGUCUGGGGAGACGUUUGAGGCCGAGCGCCAGGUCAUUGGCAAGGGCUUUCCAGCCAAACUGUCUCGUACAGGCCCAGUCGCGAUUGGCUGCGGCCACAUCAUGCAUUACAGCUGUUUUGAAGCCUACUUUGACGCGACAGUGCGCCGGCACAACCAACAGAUUGCGCGCCACCCUCCCGAGGACACUGAUAGGUUUGAGUUUGUCUGCCCGCUAUGCAAAGCUCUCGGGAAUGCUUUCUUGCCGAUUAUUUGGAAGGGCCAAGAGGAAUCCUACCCUGGCCCGUUGAUUUCGUCCAGUCCGUUCUCCUCAUUCCUCGACACCCAGAUGCACUCGGCCUACUACACGCUAGGGGCAGCUAGACCGCCGGACCAGACGCAAAACACGUUUGCUGCGUACACGUCGAGCAUGAUGAUCAACAAUCUCGCCGAAAGAUCCUCUCAGCUGAUAGACGAUGCCUGGGUUGAUGUCGGAGCCCAUUCUAUAUCGACGGGGACGCCGUUCAGCGAGACCUUCUCGAUUGUCUCGGCGCCGGAUCCUGGCACCCGAGGCGUCACUCCGGACACCAACAGCAUGAUGCGAGAACUGGUGACGGUCUACCGCCGGCUCAAGAAUACGCUUCAGAAGAAUGGUAUCCAGUCGCGGCACGUCGACGAGGCAGAAAAGGAGGACCUCAUCGACUUGCAUUCGAGCGACGCACUGGCCCGGUCCGUGGGCUUUUCCAUAUCUGCCGUCGAGAUCCAGCAGCGGGGAGUCGAGGCUGAAUACGGAAUGACUUUCCUGGAGAAGGUGCCUGACCAGGUUCUCACGCAGCUCCGCAUCCUCAGCGAGACGGUCACGUCGUUCAUCGCCGUCGGGGGGCAGCGCGACGCGGGCGAGAACAGGAUGGACAGCGAAUAUCGAAAAGACGCCGAACGCCAGCACUGCCAACUCUUUAUUGCGCAGUACUUUGGCAAGGAGACCGAGUCGACGCACGUUCCCGCAAAUUCGUAUCCUCCGCUCCUUGGCCAGGACCCGUUCAUCUUCCUGUGCGAGUCUGUGUUUGGCGUCGCGUUGGCACAGGGCAUUGAAAUUGCCCACCUAGUCCGGCUCUGCUAUCUUGCCGAGAUCACAAAGGUCGUCUACCAUCUCGGCCGCAACAUGCCCGCCACGAUCUGGCUACAGCACAUAGUCACCCGCAAGGCGGAUAUGGACCCGGCGCUGGCCAACUUUGCGGCAUUCUGCGAGGAGUUGGUGCGCAUGGACGUGGCGGUCAGCAGCCAGUCGAUCGUGACAGAUAUGGAAAAUCGGCCUGAGAACAAGGGCUUUGACCAGCCCGGGCUUGACAACUGGGACUCGUGGUACCUGCUGGCGCGGAAAUACGCGCUGACUUUUCUGCGCAAGUGCGUGGUGCUGCUCCACGUCAAGUUUGGCGUCGACUUCAACAGCCACGUGUCGCCGGCGCCCGAGCAAAAGGAGCUGGAGCGUCUCACGGAGGCGCUGCGCGUGCCGUCGUUCGACGAGAUGCUCACGGCGCUGACGCCUCUCGGCGUACAGUACGGUUGGCCCGUGGACACGAAGCGUCUCGUGACCGGCUGGGUCAAGCACCAAGCCAUCUGGCCGCGCUCAGGCGCCGACUUGGCGCUUCCGGAGUCGGCCGUCAUCAGCCACCCCGGUGUGUUCGAACUCGUGGGGUUGCCCAAGAACUACGAGACACUCAUCGAGGAGUGCACGCGCCGCAAGUGUCCCACCAAGGGCAAGGAGAUCACAGACCCGACCAUCUGCCUGUUCUGCGGUGACUUGUUUUGCGGGCAGGCCAUCUGCUGCUCCAAGGAGGAUAAGGCCGGUCGUAACAAGACGGUCAAGAUUGGCGGUGCGCAGCAGCACAUGCGGAAGUGCCAGAAAAACAUUGGCCUCUUCAUCAACAUCCGGCGCUGCUGCGUAUUCUACCUCCACCGCACGACGGGCUCCUUUAGCAACGCCCCUUAUAUCGACAAGUACGGUGAGGCCGACCUCAACCUCCGCCAUGGGCGGCAGCUGUUCCUCCACCAGAAGCGCUACGACUCAAUGCUCAGGAACAUGUGGCUCAGCCAUGGUGUACCGAGCUUCAUCUCACGCAAACUCGAGGCGGACAUCAAUAACGGCGGGUGGGAGACGAUAUGA